AUGAGAUCGCUAAAAUUAUCAAAAGACUAUACAGAAACUUUGAAGAUGAUUGUGAAGAAAAAGAAACGGGAUUGUACUGGAUCUUUGCAGUCUGGUGGUAGUUGCUGUUCAAGUUCAGAAUCAGAUCAGCUGGUUGAUGAAUCUCCUUCUGUUCAAACUUCAUCAUCCUUAACUCUUUCAUCACCAACCUAUACAACUUGCGGCUUAACAUCUACUACAAAUCAACUUUUGAAUGCAGUGAACAGAUCAAUCGAAGCAGCUCCUUGGCAUCAGCAACUUCGCUAUAAUAUGAAAAAUGAAGGUGAAGGUGAAGAACGUCGUAUAACAAUUGAUCAGUCAUCAACGACAUUUCCAGUUGCUACUGCUUCUUUCACCAAUACGGAAGCCAUUUCAUCAUUUGUACCAUAUCGAGAAAUAAAUCCAGAAACUACUUUUCUGGAAGAGGCUAAACGUAUUGCUUCAUCAACACCAUUUAAGGAUAACGAUAGCGUGAAAGUAACUGUUUUGGAGGAGAAUGCUGAAAAUGCCAUAACUCAAAAAUUAGCAUGGGCUUUGGAACAACUGGAAAAUUCAAAGAAACCUGAUGAAAUUGUGCAGUUAAUGAAUGUGGUCGCUAGUGCUUUAAACAUAUUGAACAGUUUAAAAGUCAAAGAUAAUACUACAUCCCAAAUUUAA